AUGGCAGACCCUUCGAAGGCUCAAGAAGCUAUUGCUAGUCAUCGUGACGCCGAACAUGUUGACGAUACCGAUACUGCUAAGAUUGAAGCCGCCGUCGACACUGUUCACAAUGAUGAGGCUAUGAAAGUCCUCGCUUCCUAUAGCGGACCUCAAGAUUGGACAGAAGAGGAGGAGAAAGUCGUACGAAGGAAGAUCGACAAGAGACUUCUCUGGAUUCUCUGCGUCACAUAUGGCCUUCAAUAUUACGACAAGUCAAUGCUCUCUCAGGCUGCUAUAUUCGGACUCCGCACCGACCUCGAUCUGACCGGGGACAGAUAUUCAAUGUCCGCAUCAAUUUUUUAUUUGGGCUUCAUUGGAGGAUCAUACCCUGCCAUGUGGCUGAUGCAGCACUAUGCCAUCGAGAAAGUUGCUACCGCUAUAGUAGCCGUAUGGGGACUUUGCUUAGCCCUUACUGCCGCAUGUCACAACUUCCAAGCGCUCUAUGCACAAAGAUUCUUUCUUGGCUUCUUCGAAGCAGGAGUGAGUCCGAUGUUUAUGAUGAUUGUGGGACAAUUCUAUAGAAAGAAUGAGCAAGCGUUCCGAAUCGGAAUCUGGUAUUGCUGCACAGGGUACGCCAUCAUAUUCGCCCCGCUCAUCAACUAUGGCCUCGGCCAUAUCACCGGCCGCUGGUCUCCUUGGCGAUACAUGUAUAUCUUCGCUGGAUGUCUCACGAUUGUAUGGUCUCUUGUGAUUUAUUUCUUCCUCCCGCCGGAUCCAAUUCGCGCUAAGGGGUUCACUGAACGCCAGCGCUAUAUCGCAGUGGCCCGCCUUCAGCAGAACAACUCGGGUGUUCGAAACACUCAUUUCAAGGCGUCUCAGGCUAUUGAAUGUCUUCUAGAUAUCAAAUUCUGGCUGGCUUUCAGCAUCUCGUUCCUUAUAUUGAUUGCAAACGGACCGGCCUCGUCGUUCGUGCCUAUCAUCAUCUCGCAGUUUGGAUACGAUGUCUUCAGGUCGCUGCUUUUGACCACGCCAAUGGGAGCAGUAGCUGGCACUAUGCAAUUAGCCGUGUCAUAUGCUGCUUACAAAUACAAAAAUAUCAGAUCAUGGCUGGUUAUUGGAACGGAAAUGACGACAAUUGUCGCUGCACUGCUCUUGUGGCUCUUGCCCAGGGAUGGGAGCCUUGGUGCACUCCUCUUCGCAUGCUACAUCCUAUGUGGAUUUGGGGCUGCAUAUCCCAUUUUGAUGGGUUUGACCUUAGCCAACACAGCAGGAUACACUAAACGAACUGUGAACUCAGCUGGCAUAUUUAUUGGCUAUUGCGCAGGAAACUUUCUCGGACCCCUACUCUUCAAACCCGAGGAUGCACCAAGAUAUGCAUCUGGAUUUCUUACAGUGGUCAUUACCGGAAUUGUCGGCGUGCUGUUGAUGGUGGUCUACCGCUAUGUUUGCGUAUGGGACAACCACCGGCGCGACAGAUCGGGUGUAUUGGAAGCAUAUGAGCACGCUUACGAGGAUGACCUCACAGAUAGAAAGAAUCCUCAAUUCAGAUAUGUCCUGUGA